AUGCGAGCGCCGCCAGGCUCCGCCAGCAAUAGCCGCCUUUCGCUGCAACACAUUUUUGCGGUUCUUAUUGGCACGGCGGCGCUGCUGCUCCUGCUCAACGCCACAUACCUCACGUCCCUCUCUCCCGUCGGCGAUUUGGACGUGGACCUGGACGGCAUUGUCUCAGCGCGCGAUAUCCGUCGGCACGCCGCCGCCACGUCUCCGCCUCAUACCAGCACUGCAGCGUGCGACCCUCAUGCGGCCGGCACCAUUCGCCAGCGGGCAGCUCCGCCCUUCAACCCAAUCGCAAACGCAUCGUCCGUGAUCAGAGUGGGCGAGACGGUUCGCUUGACCGUCCUCACAGCUCGCACGCUCCGCAUCGAGCAGCGGCGCAACCCGCGGGAGCGCUUCGACGAACGCAGCAGCUUUGCGAUUGUGAAUCGCUACCUGCCCGUGCCAUCGCACAAGGCAACGCUCAGCAGCGACUGCCAGCUCCUCUCGGCCCACCGCUGCCUCGUGCUGACCACGGCGCAGCUGCGACUGGAGCUCUCGGCUCCGGCCAACGCGACGGCGGCGCAGAUCACUCGUGGGGCUGCCGGUCUGGUCGCGGACUGGCCGGCGCCUCGGCUGUCCUCCGCCACGCUGCGGGUGCGGCUGGCUCUCGACGGCGAUCGGAGCUCGGAGUGGCAUCCGGGCCUGCCGAACCCGGAUCAGCUGCCAGGCACCGUCCGCACGCUGGACAAGGUGGACGGCGCGACCGAGCUCCGCUGCGAUCGGCUGCCGGUCGACCAGCGCUCCGGCCGAGAGAACGACGCGCACUGCGCCAUGGGCGUGAUCUCUCGCAGCGGCUGGGCGCUGCUCGACGACUCGCUCAGCGCCCGCUUCGACGGCGCGGCGGCGCAGUGGGACUGGGUUGCGGCGCGGGACCCCGAGCGGCUCGAGGCGUCGGGCGAGGCCUUGCUCCGCCUCGACUGGUACUUGUUCGCGGCGGGCCUUGACUACGCGUCUGCGCUGCGCGACUUUGCGGCCUUGAGCGGCGACCAGGACCCGUCCCCGUGGCACGUGCCGCAGGCGGCGGGGCUCCUCCGCGAGUUCGAGGCGCGGGGCGUGCCUGCGGACGUGCUCGUCACCGACAUGGACUGGCACCACACCUGCUACCGGCGCACGUACGGCAACGAGAGCGAGAAGUCGAUGGACGCGUCGCACAACUGGCCGUGCUGGUCGGGCUUCUCGUUCGACAAGAAGUACUUCCCGGACCCGCCCGCCUUUCUCGGCUGGUGCAAGGCGGCCGGCGUGCACAAUGGCCUGAACCUCCACUUUCAGAGCGGGCUGGUCAAGGCGGAGGAGGAUGCCGACCGGCUGCCGCCCGACGCCGAGUACGCUGCCUUCGACCCGCUGAACCGAACCUACUCCUCCCACUUCCACACCCACGUGCUCGCCCCGCUCGAGCGGCUCGGCGUCGACUUUUGGUGGCUCGACUGGCAGCAAGGCGAGGCACGGGGAGAGGUGGGGAGAGAUGCGGAGAGGUGGGGAGAGGUGGGGAGAGGAGAGCACUUCUUCGGCGGCUCCGAGACGCCAGAGGUAAACCCAACCUUCUGGCUCAACUAUGUCUACUCCACCCAGCCCGACGGGCGCGCGACACCGGCCUCUGCCCAGCGGCGACGCCUCAUCAUGCACCGCUGGGGCGGGCUCGGCAACCAGCGCUACCCGAUCGGCUUCAGCGGCGACACGAAGUCGACGUGGGAGAGCCUCGCUUUCCAGCCCGGCUUCACGGCGAGCGCCGCCAACGUCGCCUUCGGCUACUGGUCCCACGACAUCGGCGGCUUCUUCGAUCGGGUCGAGCCGGAGCUGUACGUGCGAUGGGUGCAGCUGGGCAGCCUCUCGCCAGUCUUCCGUGCGCACGGCUUCCGCGACCCUCUGCACGAGAGGCGCUUCUGGCUCUUCGACGAGGCGGCUUUUGUCGCGAUGCGGAGCGCGCUGCGGCUCCGGGCGGAGCUGGUCCCGCACCUGUACACCGCCGCCCGCGCAGCGUACGACGGCGGGCCAUCGCCUGUCCGGCCCCUCUACCACGAGUGGCCUGGCCUGCAGCCCGCGUACGACUUCGGAGGCGAGUACCUCUUCGGCGCGGGACAGUCGCUGGCCGUCGCGCACCUGACGCGCCGCUCGAGCAGCGGGCUGUCUUGGAGCCCUCUCGGAGCGGUGCCUCCGGGGCUGUGGGCGCUAGACGAGAUCCCCAUCCUCGCAAAGGGCGGCGCUGUCGUAUUCGGCCAGCCGCCCGUCGAGAGCGAGUGGGAGCACUGCGGCGCGGGCACGAGGGGCUGGGUAGGCCGCGCGCAGCACCAGCCCCGCGGCGGCGCGGCGGAGACUGCGGUGAUGUUCGCCGACCCUCCGACGGUGGAGCGGCGGCGCCGUGCGGGCGAGCGCUCCUCUCCGCUCUGGUACUUCGACGCCGAGUUGCUCUGCGUGGUUGUCUGGCUGUUCGACUUGCCCGCCGGCACGUCGGCGGAGCUGACGCUGCGGUUCGACGACGAGCGGGCGGCGCGACUCGCGGCGACGGUGCUCGCGCCGCUCCUGAGCCCGCGCGACGACCCGGCCGCCGCCGCCUCUGCGGGCGCCCUCGUGCUGGACUACAGCCACACCACUUGGCUCGCAGGGCUGGGCAGCCGCCUCGCGAGCCGCCCGGCCAACUUUACCAACGAGAUGGCUGCGCUGCCGGCGACGCUCGAGGCGGCGCGCGGUCAGCUGCGAGGCGAGUGCGCUCGCCGGGUCGGCGCGGGGAGCGGAGGCGCGGAACGCGUGCGGAACGCGACGGCGCUCGUCAUGGAGACGGGGGCGAACGCCGCCUCGUUCCGGGGCGCAAAGAUGGUCAAGGCUGACCUGCAGGGGGCAGACCUCACCGUGCUCACGCUGAUCACCAAAGCGAAGGGCGUCAGCUUCGACCGCGCGAACCUUGAGGGCACCUCCAUCACCGACUCGCCUCCUUCAUCGAGACGAACCUGCGCGACGUCCGCGUGGAGGUUGAGUGGGUCGUACUGGCAGGGGGUGCAGACCCGGGGGAUGGCCUUCGUCGACUCGUGGCUGACGAACGCCUUCCUGGUCGGUGUCAACUUCGACGGCGUCAACAUGAACGGGCCGUGCCGCCUGCAGGGCGCCGACCUCGGGUACGCGCGCUUCACCAACGCCAUGCUGCAGGAGCUGCAGCUCGAAGGGGCCAAGGCGACCGGGGCAUCCUUUGAAAACAGCAAGAUGAACGUCGCCGACUUCACCAGGGCGCUGCUCGACGGGGCCUCAUUCCGCCAGACCAUCUUGACCGAUGCCACUUUCCACGCAGCCGACAUCAACGAGUGCGACUUCACGUCGGCGGUUGGGGUCGACAAGGCCUCUUUCUUCAACGUUAUUGGCACACCAAUCGGACUCGUAGGAUGA